CUAGGGUUGGUCAAGCACUUGAUUUUUCAGAGUAUUUCGGAGACUUCGGAAGUCUUGAGCUUGAAGACAAGUAAAAAUGCUGUGAAGAAUGGUAAAAUCCCUCUGGGAUAGCCUCUGCAACAUGUCCCAAGACAGAGAACCCAUCGUGGAGAGUUUCCAUUUUGUUUGCACCCUGGCCUUAAUAGUCGGAAGCAUGACCCAAUUCUCUGAUGAAUUUGAGUCUGUAGUAGACUAUUCAAACAAGAACCUUACUCAUAUCCCAAAAGACCUGUCACCAAGAACAAAAUCCUUGAGUCUGUCUCAAAACUCCAUAUCUGAUCUUCGGAUGUCUGAUAUCAGCUUUCUGUCAGAGCUGAGAGUUCUGAGACUCUCCCACAACAGAAUACGGAGACUUGACUUCGGUGUGUUCUUGCUCAAUCGGGACUUAGAAUACCUGGAUGUCUCUCACAAUCGGUUACAAAACAUCUCUUGCUGUCCUAUGGUGAACUUGAAACAUCUAGACCUCUCAUUCAAUGACUUUGAAGUGCUGCCCGUGUAUAAGGAAUUUGGCAACUUGAGGAAGCUGAGUUUCUUGGGAUUAAGUGCUGCAAAGUUCCGACAACUGGAUCUGCUCCCAAUUUCUCACUUGCACCUGAGCUAUGUUCUUCUGGACUUGGUGAAUUAUCAGAUAAAAGAUGGUGAAACAGAAAGUCUUCAGGUUCCAAAUACCAACGUUCUCCAUUUGGUCUUUCAUCCAAAUAGCCUGUUCUCUGUGCAAGUGAAAAUAUCUGUAAAUGCUUUAGGAUGCUUACAACUGAGUAAUAUUAAAUUGAAUGAUGAAAACUGUCAAAGCUUAAUUAUAUUUUUAUCAGAACUCACCAGAGGUCCAACCUUAUUGAAUCUGACCCUCCAGCACAUAGAAACAAACUGGAAGUGCUUUGUUAGACUUUUACAAUUCCUUUGGCCCCGACCUGUGGAGCAUCUCAAUAUUUACAACUUAACGAUAACUGAGAGCAUAAGCAGGGAGACAUUUAUUUACGUGGAGACGGUGCUGAAGUCACUGAAGAUAGAGCAUGUCACAAACCAAGUGUUCCUCUUUGCGAAGGAUGCACUAUAUUCCGUGUUUGCGGAAAUGAACAUCAGGAUGCUCACGCUCUCAGACACGCCAUUCAUCCACAUGGUGUGCCCUGAGUUCCCAAGCACAUUUGUGCUUCUGAACUUUACCCAGAACGUUUUUACUGACAGCAUUUUUCAAGGCUGUUCCACCUUGAAGAGAUUGGAGACACUUAUCUUGCAAAGGAAUGGUUUAAAGAACCUUUUUAAGGUAGCUCUCAUGACCAAGACUAUGUCCUCUCUGGAAACAUUGGAUGUCAGUUUGAAUUCUUUGAACUCUCAUGUGUAUGACAGAACAUGUGCUUGGGCCGAGAGCAUACGGGUGUUGAAUUUGUCUUCGAAUGUACUUUCGGACUCUGUCUUCAGGUGCUUACCUCCCAAGGUCAAGGUCCUUGACCUUCACAACAACAGGAUAGUGAGCAUCCCUAAAGAUGUCACCCACUUGCAAGCUUUGCAGGAACUCAAUGUAGCAUCCAAUUUUUUAACUGACCUUCCUGGAUGUGGAGCCUUCAGUAGCCUUUCUGUGCUGGUCAUCGACCAUAACUCAGUUUCCCACCCCUCCUCUGAUUUCUUCCAGAGCUGUCAGAAUAUCAGGUCCAUAACAGCGGGGAACAACCCAUUCCGAUGCACAUGUGAGCUGAGGGAGUUUGUCAAAAACAUAGGUCAGGCAUCAAGAGCAGUGGUGGAGGGCUGGCCUGACUCUUACAGGUGUGACCACCCAGACAGCAUUAAGGGAACCCCACUGCAGGACUUCCACAUGUCUCCGCUGUCCUGCGAUACCAUUCUACUGACUGUCACCAUUGGGGCCACUCUGCUGCUGCUGGCUGCCAUUGGGACUUUCCUCUGUCUCUACUUUGAUCUGCCCUGGUAUCUCAGGAUGCUAUGCCAGUGGACCCAGACCAGGCACAGGGCCAGGAACAUCCCCUUAGAGGAACUGCAGAGGAAUCUCCAGUUCCAUGCUUUUGUCUCAUACAGUGAGCAUGAUUCUGCCUGGGUGAAGAACGAAUUACUACCAAACCUAGAGAAAGAUGACAUCCGGGUUUGCCUCCAUGAGAGAAACUUUGUCCCUGGCAAGAGCAUUGUGGAGAACAUCAUACACUUCAUUGAGAAGAGUUACAAGUCCAUCUUUGUGUUGUCUCCCCACUUCAUCCAGAGUGAGUGGUGCCAUUAUGAACUCUACUUUGCCCAUCACAAUCUCUUCCACGAAGGGUCUGAUAACUUAAUCCUGAUCUUGCUGGAACCCAUCCAACAGAACAACAUUCCCAGUAGAUACCACAAGCUGAGGGCUCUCAUGGCACAGCGGACUUACUUGGAAUGGCCUACUGAGAAGGGUAAACGUGGGCUGUUUUGGGCCAACCUUAGAGCUUCUUUUAUUAUGAAGCUAGCCUUAGUUAAUGAGGAUGAUGUGAAAACUUGAAGCUUGGCUUUCCAACAUAAUAAACUGUCAAUCUGGACUCCAUUAAGCAUUGUGCUUUUAAGUUUCUACCUGGAGGUGCUUCUGUUGUGGUGUCUUAGUUUGCUCUCUGUGCUUAUGAUAAACAACAUGUUUAGAAGUAGUUUAUGAAGGUGCUAACUUCAUUCGUGGACUUGCCCACUUGCUGAGUUCACAGCUGAAUGGACAUUUAGGAAGAGGCCCUGAUUGGAGGAAGUCCAUCACUGGGGCAUGUCUUUGAAGGCUGUAUUUUUUUUUCAAGGCUCAUUUUUCUUGUUCUUUUUUCAGGGUCUCACCAUAUAUUGCCCAGAUUGUCCCUGAGUGCAAAGUAUCCCUUAUGCCUCAGCCUCUCAAGAGCCAGAAUUACAGAGAUCAACCACCACAAUUAGCUUAGAAGUAUGUUCUCUCCCCCACCCUGACCUCUUUCUCAGUUUCUUUACCACCUUGAGGUGAACAAUGCCUCCAUCACAUGCCCCCGCUGCCAUGACACAUUGCAUGAUCUCAGGUCCCAAACCCAGGAAUUUAGGACAUGGACUGAAACUGUGACCACUUUCUCCUUUGUUUAUAUCAGGUCUUCCAACAUGGAGGCACAAAGUUGACAGUUCUGGCUUCUAGUUCCCUCAUAUCUUUGACAGAGACUUGAUGAAAGCCUUGAAUCCACUGAGCCAUGGGAUGAGGCUGGGGGAUGGAUACGGCGUUUGUCUUGUGAGACAGAGGCAGCUCAGUCCCAUCUGGCAUAGCCGUUCAGUUCAUGCUGACACAGCCUUUUUUGAGUAAAUUGUCCAUCAUUCAGAGACAGUUCCCUCUUGCUCCUCCUUUCCCAGAUGGAUUCAGUGUGAGCAGGAGUCUACCUGGCUUCAUGUUAGCAAGAAAGAAGGCAACCUCAACUGUAUGUGUCAGUCCUCGGGGACUGCUGUAAGUCCUUGUUGGCCUCCUGAGCGUGUAUAGCUUAGUAAAAGUUUCUCAACAACAGUUUGUCAGUAGGCAUCAAGAGCUGAAACAUGUCCAUGUGUUUAGUGAA